ACUCGAUUGAACGAACUGGAGGACUCUUUUUUUCCACAUUCCCUACUUAGGCGAUUGUGGACAAAGUAAAGCAAAAGCAAAGAAAAAAGAAGGAAUCAUUCAUCUAACAUGAACUCCCUGAAUUCCACCCUCUCUCCAAAUACAACUUUUGUGCGUCCCCCAUUUUUUUUCAUCAAUGGUUUUUAUGACAUACCCCAUGCCAAAUACUACUAUGUUUUCCUCUGCUUUGUUUUUAUGGUCACUGUUUUGGGGAACUCCUUUGUCAUGUUUAUUAUUUACACAGAGCGCAGUUUUCACACCCCAAAGUAUAUGGCCAUUUUUAAUUUGGCUAUAGCUGACUUGGGUGAAAGCACUGCUCUUAUUCCAAAUUUAAUUGCAACGUUUCUUUUCGAUUCCCAGUACAUCUCCUAUGAUGCUUGUUUGGCCAACAUGUUUUUUGUGUUUUUCUUUUCCAGAUUGCAAGCUCUCUCUCUUACUGUUCUGGCCUACGAUAGAUUUGUGGCAAUAUGCUUGCCACUGAGAUACCAUGCCAUCAUCACAAUGCAAGCAAUGGCUGUGAUGUUAACAGUGGUGUGGGCAUGUGAUUCAUUUGUCCUGAUUCUAAUGGUGUCUUUGAUUACCAGGUUGUCCAUUUGUAAAUCCAUUGUGGUACAAAGCUACUUCUGUGACCAUGGACCAAUAUACCGCUUGGCAUGCAAUGACAAUCUUGCAAAUUCUAUCAUGGCAAAAGUUUCUGCCUCAUUAUUCCUUUAUUUACCUUUUAUUCUGACUGUACUGUCAUAUGUGUUCAUUGCCUUUGCACUGUUUAAAGUAGCUUCAUGGGAAGGGCGACUAAAAGCCAUUAAGACUUGUUCUGCACACCUAAUUCUGGUGGCUUUAUAUUUUCUUCCACUCAUAGGAACCUAUAUUGCUGCACUGACUUUUACCCUUCAGCCCAAUGCCAGAAUAAUCGGUACAUCACUUGCCUAUGCCAUUCCUCCCAUGAUGAACCCAAUCAUUUAUGUGCUGAGCACAGAAGAGGUUAAGGAAUUCUCAAAACAACUUUUCAAAAGAAAAAAGAAUAACCACAAGUGAGAUAAAUAAUCAAAUGAAGGAAUUAAUUGAUAAUACAGGAGCUCUCAUGGUGUAGUGCUAAGUUUUGCAGUUUUAUCCUUGAGUGCUGUAAUUAACCUACAUUGCUUCAGUAAACAACAUCCAGCUGUAUAAUUUGUUGCUAUUGAAAAAAGAGAUCACGUGAGUUUAGUCUGCUGCAUUGUGCAACGUUAUAGUUCAAGUUUAUUCAAUUCUCUUAAAAGGCACAUCAUGUUUGGAGUGUGUUGAAUUACAAAUGAUGCUGAAGGCAAUCUUGAUUCACUUUUGAAGAUUUGCAUUCCAAUCAAGUGUUUGUGAAUAAUGUACUUUGUUACACAUUCAGUUUGCUUAAUAAAUAACUUAUUUCUAAGUGAUGUAACAAAGUUAACUGUACCUUUACAGUACUUGUCUUCAACAUAUGGAGACGUUAUUUUUCCAUAUAGGGGAAAGUACUUCUACAAAAACAUUAAUAAAUAAAAAAAAACCUAGAUAAUCCCAUCUUUAAUGUUUCAGUUCAAAAUACAAAGGAUAUCUUCUGUAACAACAAAAAUAAAGGUGAAAUGCUCUUAAAUUCUUUGCGGUCUUGAUUUUGGAAACACUCGUAACACACAUCUUAUUUCUUAGGUGUUUAUACUGUAACUCAAAAACCAAGUGAGAAAAAUCCCAUUUCUUUGACCCAACAAUUAUGUAUGUCAGAACAUUAAUGGAUGCAGUGUUUAGUUUGAAUAGUGUCAGUAUCUAUGGAAGGCGAAUACUGUGAAAAACUGAUACGUCUACCCUGACCUACCAGGGAGUUGCCACCCGCAGUUUGUCAACCAUUACUGUAUAUGUAUAUGCACAGCAAUUGGGAUUGGGACUGAUAAAACUGUAGUGCUAUAUUUUUGUGUGAUUGAUAACAUGUUGGCAUGUCAUGCAUAGCAGCAAUAAACAAUGUAAGUUCCCCAUUUAUUUCUGCAUAUUUAUGUUUAAUGUCUCUAUGUUGACCAUUAUCACUGAAACACAACAACUGGAACU